AUGGAAACAACGGAAGAUGUUGUUAAUGAAUUGCUGGGUUUAGUGGAAGCUUCAUCAACGAAUCCAAUGGAAGAAUUUCUCAAUGAUUUAGUACAAGUAUCAUCCAAAGAUAUGGUAGAACAAUCGUUUCAGGAUUUUUUGGAAAUACCAAUUAAGAAUAAAAUUGAUGAAAUUCUGGAUGAUUUGAUAGAUGCAACAUAUAAGGAUAAAGUGGAGGAAUUACUGAACGAUACGACAAAAAUAUCAUCAUUAAAUAAGGCAGAAGAGGAGGAUUUAACUGAUGCAUCUACCAAAGAUACAAUGAAUCGAAUAUUGGCAGCUUUGGAGGAAGCAUCAACGGAAGAUACAAUGAAUCAACAACUACUGAAGAAUUUAGUCACAAUUAACGAACCAAUGGAAGAAAUAUUAAAAGAAAUGUCCACAAUAUCGUCAUUUAAAGAUUCCACUACAACACUAUUCAAAAAUUCCCUUUCUCCGGAACACUUAAAAGCUUUUCCGGAACAUUUGGAGGAAGAAUCAUCUGAAGCACUAAUCACAGAACAAUCAACGAAACAAUCCAAUGCAUUCAACCCAAACGACUCCGACUUUAUUGGAAAAGCUUAUUCAAUGUGCACUUCUCUGGAGAAAAGUGUCAUUUAUCGCAGGAAUGAUCCAGGAACAACCAGAGAAGAAUGGUGUAAUUGGCCAGCUAUGCCAUUCGAAGAGAUGGAUAAUACACUGAAUGUGCAGCAAUACAUACAGCAGUGUAUUCAUAAGGAUCCAUCAGAUGUAGAUACUAUUCUGAAAUCCCCGCCAGGUCAAGAAGAAGGAGUGUGGAAAUAUGAACAUGUGAGACAGUUUUGCAUGCAACUCAAUGGUUUAACAUUACUGUUGCAGGAUGAAUGUAAGCCAGACGUUUGUGUGCAAAUGACUGCCACAGAACAAUGGAUAUUCCUUUGUGCGGCUCAUAAGAAUCCGAAAGAGUGUUCGGCAAUCGAUUAUACGCGACAUACUUUGGACGGUGCAGCGGCAUUACUGAAUAGUAACAAAUAUUUUCCCAGUCGCGUUUCAAUUAAAGAGUCAUCGAUCGCCAAAAUUGGUUCGGUUUGCCGCCGAAUUUAUCGGAUUUUCUCACACGCGUACUUUCAUCAUCCUGAAUUGUUCGAAAAAUUCGAGACAGAAACGCAUCUUUGUCGUCGAUUUACAAUAUUCGUGAAGAAGUAUAACUUGAUGGCAAAUGAGCAUUUGAUUGUGCCAAUAUUAGAACAGAAACCGAAUCACUCAUAA